AUGCGGAACAGACCCCCAACCAUCUUCACUCUUCCCGCCUCUUCACCUCCUCCCCUCCCACCUACCUCCCCAACCACAAACACCUUCCUCGCCGAGCGCUUCGGUCCCGCCGCCGGCCCGCGCAAGCGCUGGCUCAUCUACUUUGUCACCGGAAACCCAGGCCUGGUCGGCUACUACGACCUCUUCCUGUCGCACCUGCACUUCCUGCUCACUGCGCACCCGACGCUUGCGCCUAGGCACGCCUUCGAGGUUUUCGGGAGGAGCUUGUCCGGUUUUGAGAGCAGGGGGUGCGAGGCUGGUGGUGUGUGGCCGGCGAACGUGAGGGAGGGGAGGAGAGGGAUCAAGGGAGGAUGGAGGAAGCAGAAGAAGCCGCCGUUCGACCUGCAAGAGCAGAUUGAUGGCGUGGAGUGGGCUCUGUGGGACCAUGUGAGGGGGAUGAGGGAAGAGGCGGACGACGAUGGCGAGAGGUACGGGUCGGGGUCGGCGGUGCUGGUUAAUGGGGCGGGAGAGGAGGUUGACGGGAAAGAGGGGGAUGCGGAGGAGACGAGGGUCGUGGUGAUUGGGCAUUCGGUGGGCGCAUACAUGGCGCUGGAGGUGGUGAAGAGGUGGAGGGAGGCGCUGCAAGAAAAAAAGCGAAGGAUGGGAGAGAAAGAGAAGGUCGAUGACGGCGCGGUCAUGCUGAAUGCGGAUGCCGAUGUCAGCGUCGACGUCGAGGAAAAAGAGGGCGGCAGAAUUGUUGGAAGCGUGUGCUUGUUCCCGACCGUGACGCAUAUCGCCAAGAGCAGCAGCGGGCUGAAGCUCACCAUGCUGCUCGAAUCCAUCCCCAACCUCGCCAUUCUCGCCCACUUCCUCGCCCACGCCCUCACCUUUUUCUUCCCCACCCUCCUCCUCACCGAGCUGCUCGCCCUCAUCCUCGCCCAGCCGCCUGACGCCGCCCGCACCACCGCCGAGUUCCUGAAGAGCCCCCACGGCGUCCGCCAGGCCCUGCACAUGGCCACCGACGAGCUCCAGACCAUCACCCACGACGCCUGGGACGCCGAGGUCUGGGGCGCCGCCGAACCCAGCCCCGUUGGAGUCGCUCGCCCCAAGCUGUUUUUCCUGUUCGGAAAGGAGGACCACUGGGUUGCUGACGAGACGAGGGACGAGUUGAUCAAGGCCAGGGGCAGGGCGAGGGCCGAGAAGCGGGACGAGGAGAAGUGGAAGCCCGUCAUGGAGGUGGAUGAGAGCGGGAUUCCGCACGGCUUUUGCAUCGACCCGAACCACAGCAUCACAGUAGCCGAGAAGGUGGCCAGGUAUAUAGAGGAGAUAGUGAGAGAAGAAGCAGCUUGA